UUCAUUCCUUUCAAUUAAUUAUCUUGUCUUAUAAUUCUAUUAUUGUUUAUUGUUUAAUUUUAUUGAUUUCAAUUUUGUUAAGUAUAAAUUUAUUACAGUACGAAGGAAAAGCACAGAGCUUAUUAUGAUAGACGAAUUACCUAACUUUAGUAGAGAUGAACUGGAAAUGUACGGAAUUGAGAAUAUAUUGGAUGAAUUUAUGCUUGAUUUUGAACAGUCAGAAGAUGGAGACACUUUAAAUUCUACGCAGGUUAAACUAUUACAGAAGUGGAACAUUGAUGCAAAUAUCGAAAAUUUAACUCUCAUUACGAAGAAAUUUAUUGAUAAUCCAGCAAAAAUGACAACACAAUUAAUGAUAAUGAUCUUGGGUAAAAAUAUGUUACAAAACAUGUCACCAAAUCUAGGAAAUAAAGUUAACAGAAUGUAUACUAUUAUACCUGAGAAUGUUCAAAAUUUUGUUUUAGAAUAUGUGAACGAACAUGCCACAUCAGCAAUUAAUAAUUCAACAUUUUUAUCAACACUGAAGCAAUUAUGCGCUAGAAUACGCAAUGACAAUAAAAAAAGAACACUUAUUGGAGAUUCUAAAUGGACCGAAGAUGAUUUAUUUUUAUCGCAGGUGAAACUAUUAGAGAAAUUUCACAUUAAUGUAGACGCAAAAGUUUUAAACGACAUUACAAAUAAAUUUCGUAAUCAUUACACGCGAAUGGCAAGACAGUUGUUAAAAAUUAUUUUAGGCGAAAGAAAUUUGCAAAAUAUGUGUAUAAAAAAAAUCUCAAAAAAAAGGAAGCUUAAACCUAUACCUGAGAAUAUUUUAAAUUUUAUUUUUGAAUACGUGAACUUGUACGCUGCACCAAAAAUGCAAAGAGGCAAAUUUCUUACUUUUGUAUCAAAUGUUUGCAAUCAAGCGCGUAUAAAAAAUCCCAAACGCGAUGAUAAUUCACUCGAAUCAAGUAAUGCGUCGGAAGAAGAAAAUGACGACAACGUUACGACUUAAAUCUUUUCCUUUAAAUAUCACGUCUCAUUGAAUCAAAAAUGUUAAUUUUUUUGGUUUCAGUAAAGCAUUCUAAU